AGAGGUGGGUGCAUUACUGUAGGCAAUCAAGGAGAGAAAAUAUAUACCAAAUAUAAACCUGCUUAUUGUCGAGAUGCAUAUAACUGAAAAUAUACACGAAUUAGAUGCAGUUCUGCUCAUGAGAAGUAAUGGUGUACGCGUGCGGUGCCUGCUGCCUCUCUUCGUGGUGUGCGGGAGAGCACGGCAAGAUCGGCGCAAUAUUAGAUCGUUAUAGCGCGUGGCUUCUCACCUCUCCUGUCCAGCUGCCUUGUUACGAUGCUUGCUGCAACCCGCCUUCUGAGGGCGUCGGCACUUCGCAGUGUGAGCAGUGUGAGGUGGUGUAGCGUGCGGGUGGGCAGCAAAGAGUAUUUCGAUGACUUGGUGGCACAGAAGAAAGUGGUCGUGUUCAUGAAGGGCACACCAAAUGCUCCAAGAUGUGGGUUCAGUAAUGCUGUUGUGCAGAUCCUCCGUAUGCACGGUGUCGAGUAUGAUGCCCACAAUGUUUUGGAAGAUGAAACUGUACGACAAGGAAUUAAGGAGUAUUCAGAGUGGCCAACAAUACCACAGGUUUACAUUAACAAGGAGUUUGUCGGAGGGUGUGACAUCCUCCUUCAGAUGCACCAAAAUGGUGAGCUGAUAGAGGAGCUACAAAAGGUGGGCAUCUCAUCAGCCCUACUAGAAGCAGAAAUAGGCCAGGGAGACAAAAGUGACAAAUGAAUGUGUAAGACUUAAGCAUGGGAUUUCAUCCACUCUCUCGUGUGUUUGUAUAUAUAUAGACGUGUGUGUAUGUGUGCGUGGCAUAAAAUUAUAGGUUAUCAUUUGAAAUGGCUGUCAUUUUCUUAUUGUCAUAGCCAGUCAUAGCUGGACUCGUUGUUACCUAAUGGAACAUUGUUCAUGUACAUAGCCAUAAAAACUCUCAUUGUA